AUGAAGCUGUUCGAAUAUUUGGCUUCUGCCGUUUUGCUGCUGCCAACAAUUGUUGAUGGCCUCAUUAAUCCCAUCCUCCCUGGAUUCAACCCUGACCCGAGCAUGAUCAGGGUCAAGGAUGAUUACUUUCUCGUGACGUCGACUUUUGAGUAUUUCCCUGGUGUACCUAUUUACACCUCGAAGGAUCUUGUCAAGUGGGAGCAGAUUGGGCAUGCUCUGUCGAGACCGUCACAGUUGCCGCUCCGCGGUACAGCGCCCAGCGGUGGUGUGUUCGCCCCGACGAUCAGAUACCACGACGGAAUUUACUACGUGACGACUACCAUUUUUGAUGUCAUCAGCCCUCCUGAUAAUGUCACUCGCGUCCCACGAUCCUUCUAUGUCACUACGGACAACAUCUGGGACCCCGAUUCCUUCUCCGAACCAAUCUAUGUUGACCAAUGGGGCUUCGACCCGGACCUCUUCUUCGACGACGAUGGCAAGGUUUACUUUACGAGCACCUUCUCCGAGUUUGCCGACUACGGCAGCUUUGCGAACCAUAUUACGGAGAUUGACAUAAAGACGGGCAAUUCCCUCUCCGAGUCCCGUGUUCUCCACACCACCACAGUCCCCGAAGACGUCGGCUACCCGCUGACCGAGGCAAGCCACCUCUACAAGAUUAACGGCACCUACUACAUGAUCUCCGCCGACAGCGGCACGGAGGAGAACCACUCGGCCAACAACUACCGCGCGUCGUCUCUCGAAGGACCCUGGGAGGCGAACCCCAACAACCCUGUCCUCUGGAACGGCAGGGACCGGUCCCUGCCGGUCCUCGCGACGGGCCACGCCGACAUUGUCGAGGGCACCGACGGCCGGUGGUGGGCCGUAUUCCUCGCUACGCGGCCUCAGAACCCGCGCAAUGCAACCGGCCGCCCCCAGCUCGGCCGCGAGACCUUCCUGUGCCCCGUGACGUGGGAGGACGGCUGGCCCGUGUUCAACGGUGGCGCGCCCAUCACCGAGCACAUGCCCGGCGUGCUGUAUGACCUGCCGCGGCCGGCGAGGUGGCGCGAUGACUUUGACGGCGGCCUCGCGGACGGCGCGUACUACCACCAGCGCACGCCGUACAAGGACUUCACAGACUUUGCAUCGGUGCCCGGCAAGCUGCGCAUCCGCGGCAACGUCUACGACCUGUCGCAUCGGGAGACGCCGGCGGCGCUGUUCCGCAAGCAGGUCGACGUCAACACAACGUGGAGCACGGAGCUCAGCGCCUUCGAGCCGUCUUCGGUCCGACAGGAAGCCGGCGCGGCAGUGUACCUGAGCAUUCACUACCACAACUCGAUCGCCGUGACGCGGUGCGAGGACAGCGGGGCUCGGUGCAUCGUCGUGCACACGCGGACGGGGCCGGACGCAACGCUCAAUACGACGUACAUUGAGGACGAGGGCGUCGCAGCAGGGAAGCCGGUCAAGCUCUUCAUCGAGGCGCGGGAUGUUGGGUACCGGCUGGGGUAUGCGACGGGAUGCGGACGGCCGCGGUGGGUGGCGAGCGUCGAGAACCGGUGGCUGCAGGCCUUCGUCAGCGGCUGGCAGAACUUUGUUGGCACACAUUUCGCCAUCUACGUCACGGGGACCAAGUUGCCCAUUCUCAACCCGGCAGACUUCGAGUAUGUGCAGACAGAGUUGAUCUCGUCAAAUCUGACCAGAAAGGAUUGA